UGAAGGUAAACAGGAAUUCUACAUGGCUGGUAUGGAUCGGGACUGUAACAGGGCUUUGCUUUGUCCAGCUCAUCGCCUGCCAGCCCAUAGCCUCGGGAGCCCUCCAGCCCUGCUAGAACCAGACACCCAGCAGCUGACAAUGCUGUCCCAGCGAUGUGUCAUCCCAGUCACCAUCACCUUCCAACGCUUUGGGUGUUUAUAAUAGACUCAGAGCCUGCUGUUCUCUAUUCAUGGAAGCUGCCAUUCACCCCACAAUCAGAGCCUGCCAGCAAAUGUUUGCGUUGUCACACAGAGUGAAUAUUGUGUGUCAGAGUACUCGCUGUUUGGAUGGCCGCCACGGCAUUUAUCUUCUUCCACAGCAUCCAGGCCGUGGAGCUCCUUUUUGUUGCCCGGUUUCUACUGGAAGGGUCAGACAGUCACAGGUGCGCGUCACCCCGCGUUUGCCCCGGUAAGGGAUGACGAACACUCAGCUCCGACCAGCGCCGGCGACGCUCAGGGGACGGGCGCUACGCCGCGCCCCUUCCCCCGUGCCGCUUCCUCGGCUCCCCCUCCCUCCUCGGAGCCCGCGGCCCUUCCUCAGCCGCGGCGUGGCACCGGGAGCUCUCCUUCUCCGCUCCGGCCGCGCCCGAAGGUCGGGCAAGGCCGGUGAGGGGAGAGGUCGCCCCUUCCCACCGCCCCCGGAGGAAGUGACAUGAUGACGGCGGGAAGGGAAGGCGAGGGGGGCCCUGUUCCCGGAGUGGAGCCGCCCGGCGGGUGGAGCCUGGCGGCCCCGCCCGAGCCGCCCGCCCGCUCCCGCCGCGUGCAAAGUAGUGGCAGCCGGUGCGGCUCGGCCGCCGCCCGCUCCCGGCGCCCCAGCGCGGCACGCGUGCCCAGGCCCGCCGGCGCCAGGUUGUCUUCUGAAUUUUGUGUCUGAAGGUACCCUCUUGCUUUCUCAGCAAAUCAUGGACAUCGUUGGCUUUCUGAAGUCGCAAUUCAUUUGCCACCUUCUGAUCUGCUACAUAUUUAUAGUGUCAGGACUGAUCAUUAACUUCAUUCAACUCUUUACACUUAUACUUUGGCCAAUCAACAAGCAACUGUUCAGGAAGAUCAACUGCAGGCUGGCUUACUGCAUUUCAAGCCAGAUGGUGAUGUUGCUGGAAUGGUGGUCAGGCACCGAUUGCACCCUUUACACUGACCCAGAGAGUUACCACAAGUACGGGAAGGAGAAUGCCAUCGUAAUCCUUAAUCACAACUUUGAAAUUGACUUUCUCUGUGGUUGGAACUUUUGUGAGAGAUUUGGGGUCUUGGGGAGUUCCAAAGUGCUUGCAAAGAAGGAGCUCUCCUACAUGCCCAUCAUUGGCUGGAUGUGGUAUUUCCUAGAGAUAGUCUUCUGCAAGCGCAAGUGGGAGGAGGAUCGGAAAACUGUGGUACAGAAGUUGCUCAAUCUCCGGGACUACCCUGAAAACUUUUGGUUCCUGAUUCACUGUGAGGGCACAAGGUUCACAGAACAGAAGCACCAGAUCAGCAUGAAGGUAGCUGAAGCCAAAGGUCUGCCCAAGCUCAAGUACCACCUCCUGCCACGAACCAAAGGAUUUGCUGUCACCGUGCAGUGUUUGAGAAAUGUAGUUUCUGCAGUCUAUGAUUCUACCCUUAAUUUUAGAAAUAAUGAAAAUCCAACAUUGCUGGGAGUUCUAAAUGGAAAGAAAUAUCAUGCAGAUUUAUAUGUAAGGCGGAUUCCACUAGAAGAUGUCCCAGAAGAUGAGCAGGAAUGUUCUACCUGGCUCCACAAACUGUAUCAAGAAAAGGAUGCGUUCCAGGAGGAAUAUUACCGCACAGGAACCUACCCAGCAGUCCCGACAGUACCACCCCGUCGACCAUGGACACUUUUGAACUGGCUUUUCUGGGCCUUAUUGCUGCUAUAUCCUUUGUUCCAGCUGCUCAUCAACAUGAUCAACAGUGGAUCAUCACUGACACUGGCUAGUUUUGCAUUUGUCAUUAUAAUAGCUUCUGUUGGUGUCAGAUGGAUGAUCGGGGUCACAGAAAUUAACAAGGGCUCCACCUAUGGCAACAAUGACAACAAGCAGAAACAAAAGUAGCACCUUCAGAGACUGCUUCAAUCCAAAGGGAACAAAUGCAACUGCUGAAAACUCUUUUAAGUGCAUAUCACGGUCCUUCAAGCAAGAUCCGAGGAUGAGUAAUUGCCGUGAAUAUCUGAAUUUGUGCUCCUGUUGUUUUUCUCUGGGGUUUGGGAUGGAUGACAUGCUGGAAAGAUGCACUCCUUCGUAUACUCUCAACAACAGGUUUGCACAUGUGUGGUUGGUUUGUUUUCCUAUGAAGUGUCUUAAGUUUUGAAGAAAAAAAAAACUAAAUUCCAGCGUGCUUGUAUGAAGAGACUCUACCUGGAAACUAACCAGAGGUGCAAGCUUUAAUGUCAGAAGAUUGUUACAAGAUGAUUAAACUUGAUAGUUGUGUAGCUCACACAGUUUAACAACCAUAAUCUGUCAGUGUUUAAAUACAGUACAGCGGGAUGCUGUGCUUGGUUAUAGAGUAUUGGACUGAAGCAGCUCUGCUGAACUGGCAGAACUACAGCAGAGUUUUUGUACAUCCAGAACUUAUUCCCACAGUGUGCACUACAUGGGCCCUUGAAAACUUCAGCCAGACCCUGCUUGGACAUCCAGACAUCAGAGCCUGGCAGUAGCAGAACCUGGAUCAGAAUUUGGCUUUGGGGCCUGAGCAGAGCUAAGUUACCCACUGCCCUUCUUUCCCCAGGCAUACAGCCGAGGGAUAGCCGAAACCUGUAAUUCUUCAGAGUAAAUGUCAUUUUUAGUUUGGAAAAAUUGAAGUAUUAAAAUUCCUUUCAGCUCUAAAUGCUACUUAAAUUCCAGGCCAUCCUAACAAUUUUGGAAACAAAACAACUGGGUAUGGUAUAGUGAAAUAAUGCAAAGUGUGCAUUACAAUGCCCCAUACCCAUACUGUUGUGAUCCUAAUUAACCUGCUUGUCUGUCUUUUCUGAUAAAUUAGUUUACUUGGUGCCUCAUAACAGUCAGCCUGAAGUAAUAGUAAAUUAUUUCCUUCUGGUGAGGAGGGGUAACUAGGAGAGAGACCUAGGACAGUAGGUAUGGCUGAUGUUUUUUAUGUCUGUCUUGAUUUGACACCCUUCUGAAUUAAAUAAAACUAGAACCAAGCUCUGGGGUUGCUCUGACAUUCCUGGUACUGAUCUCAGGGCAGCUGCCUCCUGUUUUUAAACUUCCAGAGUUAAGGAUCUGCAGGUUAGUAGAAAUAACUUGUUUAAAGCAG